UAUAAGCCGGCCUUCAAGAAAUAAUGACGCUUAAAGAUUCGUAACUAUCGAAGUGACACCUAAAAAUCCCUUAGCUUAUAAUUCUAAGAGCAAACUAAGUGAUAGUUUAAUUAAGUUAUGAAAAUAAUAUAAUAAUUGUCCCGAUUUCUCCCAGACUAGUGAUUUCAAAAUGCGCUUCGAAUUUACGAGAAGACAGUGGUUGACGGUGGUGGUGAUAUCAAUUGCUGAUUUUUGUAAUGCAAUUUGUGUUGCCCUUCAGGCGCCGUUUUUUCCACAUGAGGCUGAGUUAAAAGGCUGCUCAGCGACGGAGUAUGGACUCGUAUUUGGUGUGUUCGAGCUGGUGGUAUUCAUGAUUAGUCCAUUCUAUGGCGCUCAUCUCAACAGACUUGGACCGAAGUUGGUGUUUAACGCGGGAAUUUUGACAACAUCAUCAUGUGCAAUAUUAUUUGGGUUUUUAGAUAAAGUCGAGGGUCACAUACCAUUUGUGACACUGGCAUUCACGAUACGUAUCAUAGAGGCUAUGGGAAACGCUGCCUUUUUGACUGCUUCAUUCGCCAUUAUUGCAAAAGAAUUUCCUAACAACGUCGCUACAAUGUUUGCAUCAUUGGAGACGUUUUUCGGCCUUGGUCUGAUUGUGGGCCCCAUGCUCGGUGGAGCUCUGUACAGCUGGGGUGGCUACUCACUGCCUUUCGCUGUCUUGGGCUUUGCUCUAUUCUGCACCGCUAUACUCUGUUACGUGACUUUACCAAAAACUUCCGAUGAUGAAGACAUUAAGCCUACUGGACCAACAAUGAUGUCAUUACUGAAAAUCCCCGGAGUGCUGUUAGCUGCAAUAAGCAUCAUAUCAACGAGUAUGAGCAUAGGAUUCCUCCAGGCGACUUUGGAACCACAUCUACGCCAGUUUAAAUUCUCUCCAGUGAUAUUAGGUUUGAUAUUCAUAAUUAACGGUGGUAUUUACGCAUUGUCUGCCCCAACAUGGGGCUGGAUGUGCGACCACCCUUCUAUCAAACCUAAAUAUGUAACAGCACUUGGCCAUUUAUUCGUCACGGGAGCUUUCUUACUCGUGGGACCGGCGCCGUUUAUUGAUAUGCCAACGAUGCUGUGGGUUACAAUCGCUGGUCUGGUUCUUCACGGUUUGGGUAUUGGCAGCCUUCUAGUGUCUUCAUUUUCCGAUGCCCUUGGUACUGCAAUUUCUAGCGGAUUACCCAACUCAAUAGAAACAUACGGCCUGGUGUCUGGGAUGUGGACCUCCACUUUCGCUUUGGGUGCCUUCAUUGGACCCACUGUCUCUGGUCUGCUCUUUGAUUCUAUUGGAUUCCGGAGUUCGACGUCAUUUAUUGUCAUUCUUCAUUUGUGCGUUAUGGGAGUGGUUCUUCUAUUCCUGUGUACGUGCGACCGUUACAAGAUGGAAGUGUCGGUGUCAGCUGGUGACCUCAUGCAAUUGGACGGCACGUUAGAUGAAAGCGUCCUGAUUGGAGACAAGUUUAUUACACCUGCUACUAGAACUAAAAGAUUAUCUUAUUCCAGCCGUCGCUACGGUAUAAGCGUGGAGCAGUCCCGCCCGCCGGCCAUGAACAGCCUCAUCGCGUGUUCCAGCUUCAAGAAUAGACGCAGCCCGUGGAGCCAGCGCACGCCGAGAUAUCGGCCCUCCUACGGCAGCCUGGACCAUCGCUUCCGAGCAUCCCUCUCUGUUACAUAAAUUCACCGAAUCCAAUACACUUAUCAGGAUAUUUCUUUAAGUCGGGAUUAUAAGCAAUUCGUAUCCUAGUCAUUAUUACCAAAGACCAUACGUCCGAUUUGCGAAACAACUAUCUGCUCUACCUACCAAACUAUUUAUUAAAAUGUAACAAAAAAAUAAUAAAUCGGCUAUUACCGCCGAGGGGUUCUGGUAACGUUUGAACAUACCUUACUAAGAGUAUAAACAUCAGGCUAAACACGGUAUACUUUUUAUUAAAUAUUAUUAUCGUUUUUUUAUAAAUUUAUAAUUUAUUUAAUCACAUACUUCCAUCAUAUACAUUAUUAUUGUUAUUAUUUUAAUUGAUGUCUGUGUAUCUAUACACCAUAAGUAGCAACGCAUAAGGAAUUUGUCUCAUAUAAGUAAUGAAAUAAUA